GCAACACGGAGAGGCACCGGUCAGUGCGGUAGGCUCGGGGAAGAGAGGUGGCGAGUACAGCGGGACUGGAGAGCUUCUUGUGGUGGCGGACAGGGUUUCACCUCCCGCCUGUGAUCACCUGGAGCCUCAGAGCAGACAGGAGCCUCUGCUCGGACAGAGGCGGAGUUUUCUUCUUGUAAACCAGGCUCACUCUUUUACUUCACACUUAAGGGAUUCGCUUCGGUGCCCCCGGUUCCCCCCGCUGCGCUUGUUUGCACUGAGGUUACACCGGGGAGUCGUGCACGUCAGCGGACUAACACAAGAGGAGAUUACGGAGCCGUGCGUGUGAAUGGACUGAGGUUACAAGACACCGGGGGGAGCAGUGCACGUCAAACCUGCUCUGCAGCAUCAAUAACACCUAUUUCACCGUGCAGCUGCAGCAGCAUGCAGUGAGAGGAAUCCUUUCAGAUGCUUUCCCACUCCAGACAGUGAAGGAAGGGGUCGGAGGGGAGGAGGCAGGAGGGGGAUAUAUGGGAGAUUUGUUGGAUUUUCAUCACCCCGUCGUUGCAAACUUGUGUCCGGGAUGGGGAAGGAGCAGGAGCUGCUGGAAGCCGCCCGGACCGGGAAUGUCGCCCUGGUGGAGAAAUUGUUGAGUGGGAAGAAGGGGAUUCUGGGGUCAGGCUCCGGCUCCAUCCCUCUGCCCAACCUACUAAGCAUGUGGAAGGGCCUGAAUGUGAACUGCACGGACAGCACGGGAUACACACCUUUGCAUCAUGCUGCACUUAAUGGACACAGGGAAGUGGUGCUAAAGCUGCUCCAGUUUGAGGCAUCCACAAAUGUGGCCGACAGCAAGGGCUGCUUCCCUCUGCACCUGGCUGCCUGGAGGGGAGACGUGGACAUCGUCCGCAUUCUCAUCCACCACGGACCCUCGCACUGCCGCGUCAACCAACAGAACCAUGAGAAGGAAACAGCGCUUCACUGUGCAGCCCAGUACGGACACUCUGAGGUGGUGUCAGUGCUGCUUCAGGAGCUGACUGACCCCACCAUGAGAAACAGCCAACAGGAGACACCUCUGGACCUGGCAGCGCUGUAUGGACGCCUUCAGGUGGUGCGCAUGUUGGUGAGCGCUCACCCCAACCUUAUGACCAGCCACACUCGCCGACACACUCCGCUUCACCUGGCUGCACGCAACGGACACCACAGCACUGUCCAGACGCUGCUCGAGGCCGGCAUGGAUGUCAACUGUGUGACCGAGAAUGGCAGUGCCCUCCACGAGGCAGCUCUCUAUGGGAAGAUGGAUGUAGUUCGCCUCCUGCUUGACUCAGAAAUCGACACCAGUCUGAGAGACAGCCAGGGGAGAACAGCUCUGGAGAUCCUGAGAGAACAUCCUGCACCGAAAUCCCAGCAGAUCACUGCUCUUAUUCAAGAAUAUAUGAUGGACGACUCAGACAGGAAGAGUAUCGUGGAGGAGCCUGUUCGCAAGUGUCCCGUCCCCGCACCUCGAACCUCUGUCCCCUCGCCCUCUGCCUCCCCCUCCCUCAGACACAAGAAUGAUGCUGUGACAAGUGAGCUGUCCAAACUGCUCCACGAGAUCAAGAAGUGCCGGGACAGGGACUACUCCUUUGAGGAGCUCUGCCACACCAUCUCCUCCCACUCCAUGGACAGCUUUGGCAGCGGGCGGCUCUCUGACGAGGAGCGCCCGGAUCGACCCAAUGGCACCCUGACCCGCGUCAAGCGGCCGACCCCACCUCUCGCCAUGGCCCUGGAAGAGGAUGAGGCAGAAAAGAGUUGCGGCCCCACUGGAUUCUGGGAGGCCCUGACGCCCUGCAAUGGCUGCCACAACCUCGGCUUUUCCAGCCUGUCACAGGAUUCAAAGCGUUCAGCAGAAAUUGUCGCUUCUCCGUCUCUGGAUGUUUUUCUGCCAGAGGACGAGGACAACCCUUACGAGUCUGUGACCACAGCCGUCACACGCAAGCCCUGCUCACUCGAUAUCAACCACCGGCUCAACGCCUGUCCACGCAAUGGUCACUUGUCCCAUGUAACAGUGAGUGAGGGGGAGCCCGGUAACCAUAGCAACUGCUCAACAGGCCCCACUCCAGACUGCUCCCCUCCCUCCCCCGACACGGCCCUGAAGAACAUAGAGAGAGUCAUCCGCCCACAGCCCAAGCAGCGCACCUCUCUGUCUUCAUCCCUGGACGUCCAGAGGCCGGUCAACCAUAGCUGUGAGCCCAGCGAGGUGAGCUCGUCCCUGGGCUACGCCAGCUUCAGCACCAGCCCCCCUGCCAGCCCGCCGCUCAGCCCCAACCAGGAGGACUCCGCAGGCUCCAACGACGACUGUCAGCUCGCAGACGACGGACCGUACCAGCGAGACCCAGCUCCUCCUCCUCUCUGCUCUUCCUCCACAUCCAACGCUCUGUUGGAGGAGCGCAGGAAGAGCCACGUCCCAGAGGAGUUUGCAGGCCUCCUUCAUGGCUCUUCCCCGGCUUGUGAAACUCCCGAUACACCUUACCAUCUUUACAACCCCAAACCCCGAAAAUAUGCCUCUACGGAUGUCCAGAGCAGCCUGCUACAGACCCCGGAGUUCAGCAUCGUGAUCGGAGGAGGACCCACUCAAAUCUUCUCCAGGACAGGGAGCGGGUCAUCACCUCAGAAGACUGCCAACGACCCCAAGAAGCCACAGGUUGUGUACCGGACUAUCUUCCACACAAGGGUCAACCAGGACCAGGCCCGACCCGCGAUAUACGAGCAGGCGGAUCCACCUUGUGGCUGGUCUACGCUGGGCCACCCACCGUCCUGCUUAUCUGGUCAAAACGGGGAAGUUCCAGAGUUACGGGGGACACAGACAGGAGGUGUGCCCAAGGGCAGUUUAUCAGGUGCAGGCUACGAAGAGAGGGCUUGCACCCUGGGGAGGAUGAGGUCCAUGCCCCGUAGUGUGUUGGACCUGCAGCUGUCCAAGUCUCUGUCCAAGUCUGAUUCCAACCUGGUAGCUGUGUCUCCCAUACAGGAGGAGCACGGCUGGGGGUCUGGAUCUCGUGGCCAGGGGCCUGGAAGUCCCAGCCCAGGAGAGGGUGCCAGCCCAGGGGGGAGACUGGAGAGAACGCCUUCCUUCACUGCUGAGUGGGAAGAGAUCGACAAGAUUAUGAGCUCCAUUGGGGCAGGAAUAGGCAGCGGACUGGACAUUAAGGAGGACACCUCAGGUCCCCGCUGCCCGCUGCAGUCCGUGGGCCAGUGGCUUGACUCCAUCGGCCUAGUCCAGUAUGAGAACCACCUGCUGGCCAAUGGAUUUGACAACGUCCAGUUUAUGGGCAGCAAUGUGGUGGAAGAUCAGGACCUGCUGGAGAUUGGGAUCCUCAACUCGGCCCACAGACAACGCCUCCUGCAGGCCAUACGGCUGCUGCCCAGGGUGCGACCCGUCGGUUACGAUGGCAACAACCCUACGUCGGUGGCAGAGUGGCUGGAGUCGUUGGAGCUCGGCGACUACACCAAGUCUUUCCUCAUCAACGGUUACACCUCCAUGGAGCUGGUCAAGAAGAUCUGGGAGAUCGAGCUCAUCAAUGUAUUGAAGAUCAGUCUUAUCGGACACAGAAAACGGAUCCUCGCCUCACUGGGGGACCGGCUACACGAAGACACCCCACAGAAACCUCCGCGGGCCAUCUCCCUAAGGGAGCCCGGCGGGAACCACACUCCUCCCCAGCUCAGCCCGUCAGUCGGCCAGGCAGCGUACACGGCGGGGGUCCCGGGCGGAUCUCUGGACGUGCAGCACCUCAUCAUGCAGGCGGACGCCCGGCGCAGGCAGCGCAGCAAUGACAACUACUUCGACGACGUGCCGCGAUCCAAGCUGGAGCGACAGAUGGCCCAAGUCAGCAUGGCAGGCGAGUGGUGCGAGCCGAUCACGUUGCGUCCGCCCAACGAGGCCACCUCGUCCACUCCAGUGCAGUACUGGCAGCAUCACCCCGAGAAACUCAUCUUUCAGUCCUGUGACUACGAAGCCUACUACCUGGGCUCCAUGCUGGUGAAGGAGCUCAGAGGGACGGAGUCCACACAAGACGCUUGUGCCAAAAUGAGGAAGUCGACAGAACAGAUGAAGAAGGUGCCGACUAUCGUGCUCUCCGUGUCCUACAAAGGAGUCAAGUUCAUUGACGCCACAAAUAAGAACAUCAUAGCAGAACAUGAGAUUCGUAACAUCUCGUGUGCGGCUCAGGAUCCAGAGGAUCUGUCUACAUUUGCCUACAUCACCAAAGACCUCAAGUCCAGUCACCACUACUGCCACGUCUUCACUGCUUUUGAUGUGAACCUGGCGUACGAGAUCAUUCUGACACUCGGCCAGGCCUUCGAGGUGGCCUACCAGCUGGCCCUGCAGGCCAGGAAGAGCGGCCACGGAUCGUCCACACUGCCUGAGAGCUUUGACAGCAAGCCCAGCAAACCUGUCCCCAAACCUCGAGUCAACAUCCGCAAAACGAUGGAGCAGCCAUCCAUGGACCAGAAGGGCCACGCCAACGUGCCAUGGAUUGUGGAGCCGGGUCAGGAGGCCAAGAGAGGAGUCAACACCAAGGCAAUGCCGGACGCUCAUGUCUAUUACUGUGGAAUGCAAAGAAUGUAGCCAGCCCUAAACACGGACCUUGUCACACAUACAAUGCAAAAUGGACUACAAAAGGACUGCAAACAUGGAUGCUACUCCACAGUGUUUAAGGUUGACUACCAAAUUUUGACACCAUUCAUCCACAUGAUGCUUGACACAGUAAACAUACGACAGACACUUAUACACACUAACAGGACUGCAUCUUGACAGACGACGGUCUGCUCUGAAUGUACACUUAUUUGAAAGCAGCCUCAACUUUCUGCAACUACAGCAGGAUCGGUUUUUAUGCGCCCAACUGGGAGGCGUGACGUGAACUUUUUGGGCAGUCACAGCAUCUCCAUGGAGACUGUGAGUAUGGUUACAGGGCAUCUGUUGGUAACAGACAAUGGGCUUGCUAAAGGCACCACUGGGCAUGUGUCAGUGUUGGAAUGGGCAUGGGUUUGAGGACGUCUGGCUGGCUCUUUCGGUCUUUUUAUUUUCUUUUAAGUCAGAAAAUAAUACAGAGAUAUAUGCACAAGCGUGUAAAUGUGAUUGGACUAGCUGCAAAGCGCUGGAGAUGCAACAGGUGUGUCCCACAACGGACGAUGUACCUAUGUGAACAAAACAGCAUCUGGCGUUUAAAAAAAAAAAAAAAAAAAAAGUAUUCUAUUCGUAUUGCCCGACAUUUUAAUGUUUAUUAUGAGAGUAUUAUAUUACCAUGAUGAUUAUGAUUAUUCUUGUGCAAUUCUUGUCUACUGUUGUCUUAAUGUUACAUUAUUUUUCUAUGAUAUGAUGAGAUGAAAACCUUGGGCUUGAGAAUGAUGGCCAUCCUUUAAAAAAUCUGAAACUAUAUGAUCAUACUUGUACACAGAGUGAAUGUUGCAGGUGGCUAGCUAACUCUUGUCAGGUCAACCCUCCGUCAUUUCUCAUGGGGCUCUACUCUUAUCUAGCAGAUGUACUAUUUUAAACGCAGUAUUACUGUAUUAUUUGGAUGAGACAUUAUCCAAUUAUAAAAUGUACAUAGAUAUUUUGCCAACUCAUUGUUCAUACAUGUAAUGUAAAAGAGAAAAGAAUAAAGGACUCACAGUACGUGGCACUGGAAACAAGGUACCAAAAUAAAGGUUGGAAAUGAAAAGAAGUGGUAGAUUGUAGAGAUUGUAUUUUGAGUGAAAACUGAAAUGGGUUAUAUGGUGACAUCACUGCUGACCAACUUAUGUACAUAGGCUUGGGCUUCCAGCACACUGAUUUUUGUAAUUUUGGCCAUUAUUUAUAUCCUUGUAAAGCACAUGGAAUAAAAUAUGACUUGUAAAACCA